AUACUUUGUAUAUUUUGAUCAUUUAUACGUGCUUUUUAGUAUUUUAUAACAAAAAUAAAAAAUGAAGAUUUGUUGCUUAGUCGUAUUAACUGUUUUCACUACAUUAAUAUGUAAUUUAAAGGGUCAACAAACGACAAGAAAAGUGCAACCAAAAUUUAAUAGAUUAUUUGGAAAUAUUUCACGAGAAUGUUUGCAUGAAUAUCGUGUCACUCCAGAAAGAGUAUUGGCUGUUUAUACUUUAAAUAUUAAUGACCGAGAAGCAAAAUGUUAUGUUGCUUGUAUGUUGUUGCGGUUUAAUGUGACCACAAGAAAUGGAAGUUACAAUGAUAAGGCUUUGGAACAAUUGAUGGUGAAACCUAAUUCAAAUAAUGAAAUUCCAAUUAAUAUGAAAGCAGCCAUAGCAAUAUGCGAAAAACAAGUUGAUAAAGACCUCUGCGAAAAAGCGGUUAAAUUCACAAAAUGUAUUUAUGCUCACAAGAACGAAUUUGUAGUUAAAAAUAAAGAAAGUGGUUCUACUUCAGCUGAUCGUCGACGACCUUUAGCUCAGAGAAAACCGUCUGUACGCCUCUCAACCACUUAACCACAUGAGUCACUAAGUAUGAUAUUAUUCAUACUAAUUAGUAAUUAUUUUAUCUAAAAAUGUAUUUUGAUUAUAUGAUUUAAAUCACGGUGUAUGGUUCUAGUAUAAAAAAUAAUAUUAUAUUAUAUAGAAUAUUAAAAAAUAAUAAUACAUAUUUCAUUAGCAGUGCAAUGUGGGGUAUGACUUGUACUUUAAUAGUUAACUAAGUAUUGUAUAUUUAGUAUUUACUAUAGGUAUAUAAUAUUUUAAUGUUUAUCAAGUGUCUCAUUAUCCAUCAAGUUUGACCCUCCCUGUCAUAUCAAAUAAUAUUUAUGAAACAUGAUUUUGAAAAAUUAUCAUGGCACAUUAGAAGAGGGUCAUCGGUCAUGUACAAUUAUUAUUAUAGGUAGGUAGUCAUUUUUAAGGAUACUCUAUACAACUAAAGUACCUCUUUCAUUAUUAUUUUUAACUAUUGAUAAAAGAAAUACAUAAUUUUUACAAACUAAAAAACAAAUUAGAUUAUGUUUAACCUGGUUGUCUUAUAUAAUUGU